AUGAGCGCCCAGUGCAGGAGGCUGUUGUUGCGGGAGGCGGUGCGCUGGAGGGGCUCGUGCGCGGGGCUGGGGCGCGGGGCUGGAGCGCCGAGCCGCCUCCUGAGAGCGGCCUCCUUCUCCGCGCGGGCCGCCGGCCCCGCAGGCGGCUACGAGGCCGUUUUCGGGGCGUCGGUGGAGGAGCCUGGAAAACUGUGGGCAGAGGCGGCGCGGGGCAUCGAGUGGCACAAGCCCUGGGCCAAAACCCUGGAGAGGAAGGACCCCUACAGCGCCUCCUGGUUUGUUGGGGGAGAGCUGAAUAUUUGUUAUAAUGCUGUAGAUCGCCAUGUUUUGAAUGGACAAGGAGACCAGAUUGCUAUAAUCCAUGACAGUCCUGUAACAAAUACUAAAAAGGCUAUAACUUACAAAGAAGUUCUCGAACAGGUAUCCAAGCUAGCUGGAGUCAUGGUGAGCCAUGGUGUGAAGAAAGGAGAUACUGUUGUCAUCUACAUGCCCAUGAUUCCGGAGACAAUGUACACUAUGUUAGCAUGUGCAAGGAUUGGAGCUAUACAUAGCCUCAUUUUUGGUGGGUUUGCUUCAAAAGAGCUCUCUACUCGCAUUGAUCAUGCCAAGCCCAAACUCAUUGUAACAUCAACUUUUGGAAUAGAACCUGGACGGAAAGUGGAAUAUGUACCACUUUUAGAAAAAGCAUUGCAGAUGAUAACACACCAACCUGAGAGAGUUCUGAUUCACAGCCGUCCUAAUAUGGGAACUGUCCCUCUUACCCAAGGACGGGACAUCGACUGGCAAGAAGAAAUGGCAAAAACAAAGCCAUGUGACUGCAUCCCUGUUCUUUCAGACCACCCUCUUUAUAUUCUUUAUACAUCAGGAACAACUGGCACACCAAAGGGUGUUGUUAGACCAACAGGUGGCUAUGCAGUUAUGUUAAAUUGGACCAUGUCAGCUAUAUAUGGGCUUCAACCAAAAGAGGUUUGGUGGGCAGCUUCCGAUUUAGGCUGGGUCGUUGGCCAUUCUUACAUUUGUUAUGGCCCUCUUCUGCAUGGGAAUACAACUGUUUUAUAUGAGGGGAAGCCCGUGGGAACUCCAGAUGCUGGUGCUUAUUUCCGUGUGCUGGCAGAACAUGGAGUAGCUGCCUUUUUUACUGCACCGACUGCGAUUAGAGCCAUCCGUCAGCAGGACCCUGAGGCUACCUUGGGGAAGCAGCACAGUCUGACAAAGUUCCGAACAUUGUUUGUAGCUGGUGAGCGAUGUGAUGUGGAUACAUUAGAAUGGUGCAAAAAAAUCUUCAAGGUGCCAGUUUUGGAUCACUGGUGGCAAACAGAAACAGGUUCUGCUAUAACUGCCUCCUGCGUUGGUUUGGGAAACUCUGUUACACCUCCACCAGGACAGACAGGAAGAAUGGUGCCAGGAUACAAUGUGAUGAUUCUGGAUGACAACAAGCAACCAGUAAAAGCAAAUACUUUAGGAAAUAUUGUGGUGAAGUUGCCCUUGGCUCCUGGAGCCUUUUUGGGUCUUUGGAAAAAUGAGGCCCUAUACAAGGAGUUAUAUUUCCAAAAAUUUCCAGGAUACUAUGAUACUAUGGACGCAGGUUUCAUGGAUGAAGAUGGUUAUUUGUAUGUCAUGUCGCGAGUGGAUGAUGUGAUCAAUGUUGCUGGUCAUAGAAUUUCAGCAGGUGCAAUUGAGGAGGCUGUUCUCUCUCAUAAGGCUGUGGCAGAUUGUGCAGUUGUUGGUCAUGAGGAUUCCUUAAAGGGCCAUGUGCCAUUAGCAUUAUGCGUUCUAAGAAAUGAUGUGAAUACUGAAGACGAAACACUUAAGGAAGAAAUUGUACAGAGAGUUAGAGAAAAUAUUGGUCCAGUGGCAGCAUUCCGGAAAGUAGUAUUUGUGAAACAGAUCCCAAAGACACGUUCUGGCAAGAUACCACGGUCGGCUCUUUCUUCCCUUGUGAAUAGCAAGCCAUACCAGAUAAGUCCAACCAUUGAGGACCCUGCUGCAUUUAAACAUGUGGAAGAUGCACUGAAGACAACGUUGAAGUGA